UAGAAAAUCAAUCAUUAAAUACAGGGAUCGGUCAAAGACAAAACAUUAAACCCCCCCGUUUCGUCAUGUAUCAGAACCAAUUUAUUUACUCGCGUUCACGCCGCCUGUUCGGGCGCCAAUGUCGGUUCCAGGAUCGCAACGAGCUGAUGGUCAGCGUCCAUCCGAGUGGACGGCAGCGCCUGAACUACAUUCUGCGGGAUCCGGCAGUGCGUGCCACACAGCUCAGCGAGCAGAUGGCCCUGAGCAUCGUGGAGACGGAGAAUGUGACACACGACCAGCAUGGGAUGUACCACUGCGAGGGCGGCUGGCCCCGCGACUUGAACAUCAACGACGAGGAGCAGACGGUGCGCCACCGCAAGAAGGUGGAGCGCGACGACAGCUGGGGCGUUCAGGUGACCGACAUGAUGCGCUCGAUGAUGCACGUGGCCGAGCAGAACAAUGCCAUCAACAUUUUCGAGGACUUCUUCGGCGACUUGCAGACCGAACUGGGCCAGCACCUGGCCCAGCGCUUUGUGGCGCGCGUCGUGAACGUGUUCCACGACCUGUGGCUGCCGCCGCGCCAAAUGAACGGCGUCGACUGGAUGCCCAGCAAUGAGAAGCUAUUCAUGACGCAGUUCUCGAAUCAUUAUCGCCUGCGUGCCACCGGCCAGAAGCUGGUGCCGAGCGAUGGCAAUGCGUGGAAUGGCGGCGACAACGGCUUCUACGUCUGGGAGGUGAACAAUCCGCUCAAGCCGCUGCUCCACCACGACUGCAACGAGGUCGUCUCGCGCGCCAAGAUCUGCCCCAAGGACGAGAACCAUCUGGCUGGAGGCACGUGGUCGGGCAAGGUGUGCAUUUGGAACACCUUCGAGAGCGGCCUGCCGCUGCGCAUGUGUCCGCUGGAGACGGCCCAUCGCGAGAGCACCAAAGCCCUCUGCUGGGUGCACUCCAAGUCCAACACGGAGUUCUACACGGGCUCCCUGGACGGCUCCAUCAAGCACUGGGACACGCGCGAUCUGAUGAUGCCGGUGCACGAGCUGCUGCUGGAGCCGGUGCCGCAGGAGCGCCAGGAGCGCCACAAUGCCCACGGGGUGAUGGUGCUCGAGUUCGAGUACACCAUACCCGUGCGCUUCAUCAUUGGCAGCGACAUGGGCUGCGUCUUUGUGGGCAAUCGCAAGGGCAUGACGCCCCAGGAGACGCUCCUGGCCCACUACCAGCUCUUCGCCGGCCCCCUGCGCAGCAUCCACCGCAAUCCGUUCUUCGUGAAGAACUUCCUGGCGACGGGCGACUGGCGCGCGCGCGUGUGGUCCGAGGAGGCCAAGGACGGGCCCAGCACCAUGUACAUCCGCAAGAAGAAGGAAAUCGUGUGCGGCGCCUGGAGCAGCGGCCGCUGCUCCCUCUUCGCCACCGGCGACAAGGCGGGCGUCGUCGACUUCUGGGAUCUGCUGCUGCACCAGCGGCAGCCCGUGUACAGCAUCAACUUUGGCUCGGCCAUCAGGGAUGUGGUCUUCCGCCCGGAGGGCUCCCUGCUGGCCAUUGCCCUGGCCAACGGCGACACACAGAUCCUCCUGCUGGACCAUGCCAUGAGAUCGUCCAACAGCAAGGAGAAGACCCUCAUGGCAGCCAUGUUUGAGCGCGAGAUUCUGCGCAGCAAACUCCUGGAGGCACGCGUCGAGGAAAUGAAACUGAAGCGCCGCACCCAGCUGCUGGCCGAGCAGGAGCGUGCCCGCAAUGGUGGCGACGAGAGCUAUGUUGAGCUGGAGCUGGAUCCCGAUAAUCCCGAGGACUUUCUGCAGCUCAUCAACGACGACGAGCAGUUCCGCGCGGCCAUUGCCGACUUCCAGGAGCUGCUGCUCAGUGUGGAGCGCAAGCGUUCCAAGCGUAAAAUCGUCAUGGAGCGCACCGUCUUCGAGGAGUGGUACAUGGAGGAGGAGGAGCGUCAAGCUCCAAGCCAAGCGUCUGUCGGCUCCCAAGAUGCGGCCAACGUGGAGGCCAAGAAGGGCAAAAAGAAGGCCGCGCCUGCGGGCAAGUAGGCGGCAAAACAACAUUUAUGGCGACACUUUA